AUGGGCGACUUGCUAGGUCGUCAGAUGUUCAAGGAUACUCGACCAGAUCGUCAAGUUGCAAGAAAAUGGGAGGAUGAACGCAAAUCAGACAGAACGAUUGGUGGAUCUUCAAUUUACCUACACAACUCAACAUUCGCAGGGAACGCUAUAGUUAAUAACUCUGGAACUAUCAAUGAUAAUAAAUUGACUGAAAGUAAAAGAGAUCAAAAAGACGAGAUCGAUAAUUUUUUUCAGAGUUCUGAAGGAAAAUCAACUAAUCUGUUUAAGAAACGGCAGAAACAAGACAUUUCAUACGAAACCGAUGAGGAAGCUGAUGAAUCUGACUCUGAGGAUUCAGAAUCGGAGUAUUUAUCAAGUGAUACAGAUGUUACAAAGCAUGCACCGUUGUUACUCCCAUCAAAACUUGAGUGUUUUGUUGAUUCUUACAACGCUAUGAGCCAAUCAAAGAAAUGGAUAUUGUCUUCGGGCAUAUGCGUUGAAGAUGUUCUCUUCAACAAAGGAAAACAAUUGUCAGUUGAAUCUUCAAUCCACUCGUGGAUAAUUGACUUAAGUUAUUGGGAAAUCAAACAGUUGUUCACUGAUGAUGAUUGGUGUGAAAUUACGGAGGAGGUCCGUGAACUAUACGAGCGUGUUGCUAAAACGUUGUCAAGAUUUAGAAAUAUCCGAACAACUGCUGAUUUAAGAAAAGUGUUGGAAACGACAUCCUGUCGAAACAAGAACGAACUGUUUGACCGGGAAAUUCAUUUUGACGUCGAAUGGAUUGAUCAUGUAAUGAGGCGCUUUCUAAUGUAUUACGAAGACCCAGAUGAAAGUCUCAAAUUGUUUCACCUAGAAGGCUGGUAUGAUGCGAACGUUUGGUCUUUGAUCAUCGAUUGUGCUUUUAGCAAUAUUCGAGGGUUACAAACCGUUAGGAAAGAUUCGUCAAGUAUUGCUGUAUCAAGAAGAAAAAAUCGGAAACGAACCCAAAAGGAAAGGGCAAAAUUAGGACGUCGGCUUGACGGAAUUUUACGAACUUAUAACGACAAUGUAGAGUAUGGGGCGAUAGAGGUGAAGUCAUCAUUUGUCCAAAUAAAUUCUACGGAACGGCUUAAAGACAGACUCAAGCUAAGCAAAUCCAUGCAUGAUAUGUUGGUUUGUUUGACUCAUCUGGUCAAAUCAAAUGAAGAUAAAAUUCGACAGUUACAGGUUGUUGGACUUCAACAUUCAGGGCUCAAACUGCAAAUAAAUCGAAUGUCAUCUACAAAGGGAUACAUAUCCGUUCUCAAAGGAGAAGAUCUUAACGAAAUCCCGACACAAAUAAAAAAUAUAAAGAAUUUAUUCAUGGUCUUAAUAAGUGUUUGGAGGGCAAAGAAAAUGGUCAUGGAAUGUAUUGAGGUCAUAGAUGAGAAGUUGCCAGAUUUAACUGAGGAGGAAUUCAUACAAGAGAUAAUAAACGGUGGCAAAAUGAUCAACAGAAGCGUAACAACAUCACCACCUCUUGUUUCUAUUUCUUUGCCGUGGUCAUUUGACACAUAA